AUGUAUCAAUAUUUUAUAAUUCUCCAGAUUGAGUUCAUUUACUACACAGUUAUUGCUGUGCUCGGUACUCUCGCUAACUCACUAGCGAUUGUGGUCCUGUGCCGAGGAAAGUGCAAUCUCUCUAAAUGCAUCACUUGUUACUUGGUAGGAAUGGCAGCAGCUGAUCUCCUGGUUGUUACAUCAGAUGUAAUAUUGUUUAGGAUUUGUUACUAUUAUCCUGGUUCUUUCCUAGAUUCAACUCCUGUGUGUUGCCUCAAUGAAUUUCUGCGUUAUGGAUCGACAACAGUUUCUGUAUGGUUAACUGUUGCAUUCACUUUUGACCGGUUUGUAAUUAUUUGCUGGCAACAUCUGAAAACCAAAUAUUGCACUGCAAGAACAUCAGCUGUGGUUAUUGGCACAGUGACUGUGCUAGGCUACUUAGAGUGUGUUCCCUGGUACUUUAGAUAUGAACCUCGUUUUGUCAUUAACAACAUCCCUUGGCGAUGCAGCACUGCUCUGAACCUGUACAUUUCCCCCUUGUGGACCAUGUUUGAGCUUUUUCAUCGUAUUUUAGUUCCUUGUGUUCCCUUUGUUCUCAUUUUGCUGCUCAAUUCUUUCACGAUCAGACACAUUUUACUAGCCAGUAAGAUCCGCAAGAGUCUCCGAGGCAGCAGUAAUGGAGAGGAUCAUAAGGAUCCAGAGAUAGAGAGCCGAAGGAAAUCAAUAAUUCUGCUGUUCAGCAUAUCAGGCAGUUUUAUACUUCUGUGGCUGACAGACGUGGUAUUUUAUAUGUACCAGAGGAUUAGCAACAUGAAAUAUUUCACUGCAAAUGACCCAGCCUAUAUUGUGUCAUCGUCAGGGGCAAUGCUUCAGCUCCUCAGCUCCUGCACCAAUACCUGCAUUUAUGCAGUGACUCAGACCAAGUUCAGAGAGGAGCUGAAGAAUGUAAUGGUAUACCCAUUUCAUCUAAUUGUUAAGUUACUUGGAAACAAUUGA